AUGCAUGGAUUUAGUUCCGCACCUGCUCUCUUAGUAAACACUGAGGUUGAUUCUAUGGGAGGAGUUGUUGAAAGCAGAGUUGGUGUUGGUGACAAAAAUUCUCCGCGAUGCGUAGUAAUUGAGAAGGUUCAAGCUGAGCUUAGGCAGGAGUAUGAUGUUCGAGAGGAAAGGAGGAGAGAAUUAGAAUUUCUUGAAAAAGGUGGAAAUCCCUUGGAUUUUAAGAUUGGGAACGCUUCUUCGGUUAGUGUCCAGUCAACUUCAUUGACAGAUCACAAUCCUGAUCAGUUCGUUACCAGUGAAGCAAAAGGUAGUUUUGCAAUUACUGCAUCACCUCAUGGAGACUCUGUGGAAAGUAGUGGUAGACCUGGGGCACCUCUGUCCUGUGAACCUAAUAGCGCUGAUAAUCUCACGUUAUUUGAUGGUGAAAAUGAGUUUUCUGAAGGUGAUCGGAACUCCUUACAUCCUCAUAGGAGUAGCAUUGCUCUACCAGAGCACUCACUCCGAUUAGAUGGCAGUCAGAAUCUGAAAGAGCUUGGGGAUUCAGCUACUUUUAGCCUCCCGAGAAAAGCAUAUAAGAGGCGUUACAGGCCCAGACCAAGUCGUAAUGGAGCUAGGUCAGGUUCAAAUGAUGUAUUUCUAGCUCACGGAGGUCAUGACUCUUUACCUUUGCGCCAUGGUCCCAGGGAUGUAAAAGGGCCAAUCUCUCAUGCAGAAAACCAAGAAGACCUAGAUAUGUCAUUGAAACGCAAUUCAAAGCCUACAAGUCCUAAAGAAGGUACACAUAUCCAUAAGACUUCUGUCUCAGAUGGUCAGCAGGAUAUGGAGUUGGAUGGUGCAAGGGCUGUAGAAUCAAGUGAGGACCUGAUUAAAGGCGGUUCACCAAAUGUUACUACUUCCACGUUUCUUCUGGAUGGUCAGCUUAGUCAACAAUCAUUAUCUGGUGCUGACGAAGCUCCUAAUGAAAUGGUUAUUGAUGAACUUGUCACAUUUGAGGCAAGGGAAGAGGCGAUUCCAACAGGUAUUGAAUGCCAAACAACUUUGACUGCUGUGGAAGUUGAGAAUCAAUCUAAUUCCUGUCCAGUGAAUGGCGCAAAAAAUGAUACUCAAUAUAGAAAUGCAGCAUGUGGUACAAAGAGUUUGCAUUCUGAGUCAUCUUGCACCCAUCCUAGCAAAAUUAUAGACAGAAAUAAUGAUAGUGAAAUGCAUACUAAUGCCGAAGAUAUUGAAUUGAAUGGCAAUAACAGAUAUCAAACCUCAGUGCCUGAUGGGUCCCCAUCUAUAGAAGGUGAUGAAUUGGUUAAACAAAAUAAAGAAACCAAGGCUGAUGACCUUUGCACUUUUGGUAAUGAGGAAUGCAGUCAAAGCCAUCAAGAGAAUGGUCUUGUUCUAAAAGCUGAUGAAGAAUUAAAUGGAUGUGCAUCUGCUUUGCAAAAUGAGGCGAAAGAUCAAGUUAUCAUUGAAGGAAUGGAAGCUGGUGUUCCCUCUGGACCAGAAUCAGAGAGGCAACCUAACGUCUCUAUGGAUGACACUUCUGAAUGCAAAAAUAAAAAAUUGUGCAAUAUUAAGCAUAAGGUUUCUCUCGAGUCCUCAAAUUCAGAACUCUCUGAGGGUGCAGUUUUGGCUAGGGUUUCUACUGUUACCCCGGAGGGACAAACUUCUGUUCCUGAUCUGAAAUUGACAAGCGAAGCUGCUGAAGACUCAAUCUUGGAAGAGGCACGGAUCAUAGAGGCAAAGCGGAAGAGGAUUUUGGAGCUAUCAACUGCUACUAUUCCAUUAGAGAAGUGUCGGAAAUCUCAGUGGGCUUAUGUGCUUGAGGAAAUGGCAUGGUUAGCGAAUGAUUUUGCACAGGAGCGUCUUUGGAAGCUAACUGUUGCUGCUCAAAUAUGUCAUCGAGUUGCUUUUACUUCUCAGUUAAAGAAACAAGAAGAAAGUUUAUGUAUGAAUGUAAAGAAAGUUGCUCAUUCCUUGGCAAAAGCCGUCAUGGAGUUCUGGCAUUCAGUACAGGACACAAGUAAAGAGCUGGAGCAGCAAUGUCCUGAAAAGGAUGUUGAACUUGGCAUUCACUCGUAUGCAGUGAGAUUUCUGAAAUAUAACAACUCAGAUGUCCUUUGUAGUGAAGCUGAGGUGCCAGUGACUCCAGAUAGAAUAUCCGAUAUGGGUUUCCUGGACAUGUCGUGGAAGGAUCAUUUGAUAGAAGAGAACCUCUUCUAUACAGUUGCCCCUGGGGCUUUAGAAACCUACAGAAGAUCAAUUGAGUCUCACGUGACUCAAUGCGAGAAAACCGGCAGUAGCAUGCAAGAGGAGGUGGAAACAUCUGCAUGUGAUGCUGUAGCAGACUUUGAAUCUCUAGCUAAUGCAUAUGAAGAAGAUGAAGGAGAAACAAUCAAAUAUGACAUGGCAGUUGCUUUCGAAGAUUGCAAGUCUUCAAGAUUUGUCCCAACAAAGCGAAAACACUUGACAAAUGCAUAUGUUUCAAGAUCAUAUGAAGCGGGUCCCGACCCAUCUCUCAUGCACUGUAUGGAGAAUAAAGCAGUGAUACAACAAUCUGCUUUGGCUGGAAAACGGCCAAGCAGCAGUCUUAAUGUGUCAUUUCCAACAAAGCGUGUGCGGACUGCUUCCAGGAGAGUUUUCAGCCCCUUUAGUGCCGGGACAUCUGGAUGCAUUCAGUUGCCAAACAAGACAGAUGCUUCAAGUGGUGAUACCAAUUCAUUUCAGGAUGAUCGGAGUACUUUGCAUGGUGGAUCUCUUGUUCCAAAUAGUUUGGAAGUUGAGUCGCUGGGUGAAUUAGAAAAGCAAUUGCCAUUUGACUGUGCAGAUGUAUCGACAAGACCUAAGAAGAAAAAGAAAGCAAAGCAUCUGAAUACUGCAUUUGAACAGAGAUGGCAGAUGGAUUCCAACUUCCAUAAUGAUCAGAGGGAACAUUUAAGAAAGAGAUCGGAGAGUUAUCAACUUGAAUCUAAUGGCAGCAAUGGUUUAUUUGGUCAACAUAUAAUGAAGAAGCCGAAGAUUAUGCGGCAGUUGCUUGAUAAUUCUUUUGACAAUAUAACACCAACUGGUGGGUCUGUUCCCUCACCAGUAGCCUCCCAAAUGAGCAAUAUGCCCAAUCCAAAUAAGUUCAUUAAAAUGCUUGGUGGCCGCGAUCGGAGUAGGAAGGCAAAAGCAUUGAAGAUGCCUGCUGGCCACAUGGAUUCAGGAAGUCCAUGGUCACUGUUAGAGGACCAGGCACUUAUUGUCCUGGUACAUGAUAUGGGUCCAAAUUGGGAGCUUGUAAGUGACGCUCUCAACAGUACUUUGCAAUUUAAGUGCAUAUUCCGCAAACCUAAUGAAUGCAAGGAACACCAUAAGAUUUUGAUGGAUAGGACUUCUGGUGAUGGGGCUGAUAGUGCCGAAGAUUCUGGGUCUUCACAGCCAUAUCCUGCUACAUUACCUGGCAUUCCAAAGGGAAGUGCCAGACAAUUGUUUCAGCGUUUGCAGGGGCCAGUGGAAGAAGAUACCCUAAAAUCUCACUUUGAGAAAAUUAUCAUGAUUGGGCAGAAACAAAAUUAUAGGAAGACACAGAAUGAUAACCAGGAUUCCAUAAAACUACCUGACUGCUCACACAUGGUUGCUCUUUCCCAAGUAUGUCCGAAUAAUCUCAAUGGAGGGACUAUUCUCACACCCCUUGAUCUGUGUGAUACAACCACGUCUAGUUCUGAUAUGAUUUCCCUGGGGUAUCAAGGGGCGCACUCUAGUGGAUUGACUAUUCCAAAUCAGGGUACCAUGGCACAAAUGCUUCCUGCAUCUAGUGCAACUUGUGCAGUUCAAGGAUCAUCCAAUCUCGUUAUUGGCAAUAAUUUUUCAUCACCUUCUGUCAGGGAUGGUAGAUAUGGGGUUCCUAGGUCUGCAUCUUUAUCAAUUGAUGAACAGCAGAGAUUGCAACAGUAUAAUCAAAUGAUGUCUGGUAGAAAUAUUCAGCAACCCACUUUGUCUACUCCUGGAACUCUUUCAGGAACUGAUCGAGGUGUUCGUAUGCUUCCGGGUGGUAAUGGGAUCGGCAUGGUGGGUGGCAUUACUAGAACCAUGCCGAUGACUAGGCCUGGUUUCCAAGGAAUUGCAACGUCAUCUAUGGUGAAUUCUGGGAGUAUGGUCUCACCUGGUAUGGUGUCAAUGCCAAGUGCUGUGAUUAUGCAUUCUGGAGUAAGUUCUGGUCAAGGAAACUCGAUGCUGAGACCUCGUGAUUCUUUGCACGUGAUGCAGCCUGGCAAUAGUCAGGAUUCUCAGAGACAGAUAAUGGUGCCUGAUGUUCAGAUGCAAGUAUCACCAGGAAACAGCCAAGGACUCUCCCCGUUUGGGGGGCUAACUUCCUCUUUUCCUAACCAAACGGCCACACCUGUUACAUCAUACCCCCUCCAGCAUCAGCAGUCACAUCCAAUGUCUCCGCAAAAGUCCCAAGUUCUUAGCCCUCAUCAUCCACUUGUUCAGGGAGCCAAUCAUGCUCCCAGUCCCCAGCAGCAGGCCUUUGCAAUUCGCUUAGCUAAAGAAAGGCACUUGCAACAUUUACAAGAGCAACAGCAACGACAAUUUGCUGCAUCCAAUACUUUGAUGUCACAUGGAAAACCGCAACCCCAACUUCCUAUAUCAUCUCCUAUGCGAAAUAGUGCACAAAUUCAAACCCAAACAAGUUCUCCUGUAUCGCUCGCUCCUUCAACAUCAGCUUCCUCAUUGAAUUCAAUGCUACAGCACCAGCAGAAACACCAGCUUCCAUCUCCAGGGAUGGUGCGGAGUGCUCAGACUGGUGGCAGUGGGUUAACUAAUCAGAUGGGUAAGCAACGACCACGGCAGCAACAACAGCAGUUUUCACAAGCUAAUAGGCAACAUCCUCAGCAGCGACAGCAGUCACAGUCGCAGGUAAAAGGAGUAGGGAGGGGGAACUUGAUGCAUCAGAACAUCCAGAUCGAUCCUUCCUUAUCAAAUGGUCUCUCGAAAAAUCUAGGGAACCAGUCUGUAGAGAAAGGAGAGGCCACGCAUUUAAUGCAAGUUUCUCCUGGUCCUGACUUAACUUCUGGACAUCAGGCUGCUUCCAACCAUCACAGAGUGAUGCAACAGAAUAACCAACUUAAUUCCAACCUACCAAACAAGCUACAAACCAGAGAUUCUGAAUUUGACCAGCAUCCAGCAAGCAUCUCCUCUGAGAUCGGUGCCAGGACAACGUUGCCUCAGCCCUGCAACAACGCAACUAAUGUAGCACAAGUUUUUCAUGCUAGUGCUCCUCGGUGGAAUGCUUCUGAACAUUCAUUCAAUCCAUCAAAUUUAGCAACAAAUUUGGGUUUCGUGGGGUCUACUUCAGCAAAUUCAAGUGAGCCUGCACCUCAAACCUGUCAAGGACCAGGUCAAAGGCAGUCACCGGCCAACUUACUUAGUGCACAGCAGCCGCAGCAGACUUCACAAUUACAACCUCCUUCCUCACCAGUAUUAGCAGUGGUGAGUGGUCCUGCCCAGGUUGGGUCAAGAUACUGUUUAGACAGCAGUGUACAGCUUAUUGUUCAAUCGGCGCGUGAGAAGAUGACAGGAGUUGGUCAAAUUUAG